AUCACGUCAAACCGGAGCUCCACUACAAGCGGAAGUUACGGCUCUGUUUGUGCUUAAACAAAAUCUCAUCUUUGAGAAAGUGAAAACCAUCACAAAAGAGCCCGGGUUUAUGCCGAUGCACGCGUCAUAUGCGUGCACGUGGCGGCUUUAUUUUUUAUUUUCAUCUGGUUGUUAAAGCUCUGCUUGUUUUCAUUGCUUAAAAGGGGUCGGGAUGUUUGACAUAUUGAUUUGAUUUUCUGUGUGAUGGCCAUACAGUGGAGCUCCAGACAGUAACAGAGACGCGCUGUGAUUGGACGUUUCCGACAUUCUGUUACAUUGUAGCCGCGUUUCCGAUUCGCGUUGAUACAUUGUAGCGGGAGAGAAGAAACAUUGACUGUAUUCAAUAAUGACUCGGUUUGAUUUAACAUAGCGGCCAAAUCACGAGACGUCUUCGGUAACGAAUCUCGUGGAGGAUUCUCCUCUGCGUUUUGCGCUGGAUUUCAGUUAGAGGUGAAUGAGAUGGCAGACGGCGGUCGGGUGAAGCACGACAGCCCGAUCUCGAGCCCGGGACUCGGGAGGAAGAAGGCUCAGCAGCAGUCGCCCAGUUCAAAGACUCGGUACUCGGUCAACGCUCCCGGACACUGUUUUCGGAAAGUGACCCUGACUAAACCGACCUUCUGUCAUCACUGCAGCGACUUUAUAUGGGGCAUUGUCGGGUUUGUUUGUGAAGUGUGUAACUUCAUGUCACAUGAGAAAUGUUUAAAGCACGUCAGGACUGUGUGUUCAUGCAUGGCUCCCACACAGGUUCGGGUUCCUGUAGCACAUUGCUUCGGUCCAGCCGGUCUGAAGAAGAGGUUCUGCUGUGUGUGUCGGAAGCAUCUAGAAGGAAGCUCGGCCCUGCGCUGUGAAGUGUGCGAGCUGCACGUUCACAGCGACUGUGCCCCUUUCAGUGUUAGCGACUGCCGUAUCUGCCACCAAGAUGGAGGUCAGGACAUUGACAUGUAUCAACACCACUGGCGGGAGGGCAACAUGUCCUCAGGUGCCCGCUGUGAGGUUUGCCGGCGCACGUGCAGCUCCUCGGACAUCCUUGCUGGCGUGAGGUGUGAAUGGUGUGGCAUUACCGCACAUGCGUCAUGUUAUAUAAUAAUUUCUCCGGAGUGCGGCCUGGGCCGUCUGAGGAAUAUGAUUCUUCACCCCAGCUGUGUAAGGAUGUGCUCACGAAACUUCAGCAAAAUGCACUGUUACAGAAUCUCUGAGACUUCCCAGCAUGGAGAGAUGGAUACCUUGGAUGAUGUCGACACUCAGAGUCCAACCACAGCAAAGGAGACUCAGUCGACGGGAUCACCUGACACAGGGAAACAGACGCUCAAAGUUUUCGAUGGCGACGAUGCAGCCAAGCGGAAUCAGUUUCGUCUGGUUGCAAUCCCUCGAAUAAUCAAGAAUGAGGAAGUAGUGGAAGCGGCACUUAGAGCCUUUUAUAUCCCAGAUGAGCCGCAGGAUUAUGAGCUUCAGAGUUAUAGCCAACCGGGACUGUUUACCGAUGACAUCAUCAACCGCAAUGGCACAACAGACAACAAGCCCGUGUUUAAAGACAAUGCCCAUGAAUUCAGUAUCCUCAGAGCGAAACCCAGAGAAACAGAGGUGUUGAAGAUUUACCCUGGAUGGCUGAGGGUUGGUGUUAACUACAUCUCAAUUACUGCCGGGAAAAGCAGCACAGUAGAUUCGGUCAUAAAGGAAGUGCUUUCACAGCUCGGAAAACAGAAUGAAAACUCUGGUGAUUUCCAACUUGUGGAAGUUUGGAUGAGCAGCAAACAAGUUCAACGGCAAGUUCUCGACGGUCAGGAGCUUCUUCUGGACAAACUGCAGGAGAUACGGAAAACGUCCUUGCGGCAGAUGAACCAAACACGGUUUUACAUCGAGGAGCGCAGGAAUGGAGUGGUGCAGGUCAAUCUGUUGUUAGGAGGUCUUCCAACACAACUCGGCCAAGACGAGUACACAAACCUGCUAUCUGAACAUCUCACCAUAAAGAGUCACCUGGUCACAAUCACUCACCUUUAUGCCGAUCAAGGUGCGGUGGUUUUGCAGAUCAGCUGUUUCUCAGAGGCGGAGAGGAUCUACAUGCUUGCUAAAGACAUCAGCAUCGAUGGCAAACAGCUCUGUUCACUGGUUAUACCCGAGAUCACGGAAAGCACGCUGCCUAAAGGAAGUUGUCCUCUGUUGGUCUUUGUCAACCAUAAAAGUGGAGGACUAAAGGGCAGAGAGAUCUUAUACAGUUUCCGGAAACUACUAAACCCUCACCAAGUGUUUGAACUCAGCAGUGGAGGACCAUUACCUGGGCUGCACACGUUCAGGGAUGUCCCCCGGUUUCGUAUUCUGGUCUGUGGAGGCGAUGGCACGGUGGGAUGGGUGCUGGGCGUUCUGGAGUCCAUUCGGCACAAAAUCGUCUGUCCUGAGCCAGCGAUCAGCAUCGUACCGCUGGGCACUGGGAACGAUCUGGCUCGGGUGUUGCGUUGGGGGGCGGGUUACAGUGGCGAGGAUCCCCACAAUAUCCUGGUGUCGGUGGAUGAAGCAGAUGAAGUGCAGAUUGACCGCUGGACCAUUCUUCUGGACGCACAGGAAAUGACAGAAGAUGGCACGGAGAACGGCUUUCGGGAGCCACCCAAGAUUGUGCAGAUGAAUAACUAUUUUGGCCUGGGCAUCGACGCUGAACUGAGUCUUGACUUUCAUCACGCACGUGAGGAGGAGCCGGACAAGUUUAACAGCAGGUUUCACAAUAAAGGUGUGUAUGUGAAGGUGGGCCUACAGAAGCUGAGUCACACGCGAAACCUUCAUAAAGACAUCCGACUGCAGGUGGACAAACAAGACGUGGAGCUUCCCAGUAUAGAGGGACUGAUAUUCCUCAACAUUCCCAGCUGGGGUUCUGGUGCUGAUCUAUGGGGCUCAGACAGUGACUCUCGUUUCGGGCGGCCCAGGAUCGAUGAUGGUAUGUUGGAGGUUGUGGGUGUGACGGGCGUGGUACAUAUGGGUCAGGUUCAAAGUGGGCUUCGCUCUGGGAUUCGUAUCGCUCAGGGCAGUUACAUUCGCAUUACUAUGAUGAAACCCAUUCCAGUACAGGUGGACGGAGAACCUUGGAUUCAGUCACCAGGACAGAUCAUCAUCUCAGCCGCAGGACCAAAGGUGUGCAUGCUGAGAAAGGCCAAAACCAAGCAGAAGAAACAAUCGGGCAGUUUGAAGGAAGUCCGGUCGGAGAGUCCGGCUCCCAGUGAGGGGUGCGGUGACGUACCAUAACAAAUCCCUGCAGGCGCACCAUAACUUCAUCCGCUUUAUUAACAGGUUCUCCUAAAUGGACAGUGUUAAAUGUUACAGGUAGAAUGUAACGUUAAUGUUUUAUUGCCAUCUCCAGAGUCUGUAAAGUUCAAAGGCCAACAGCACUGCAGUUUCUCAGGACUUCAGCUGCCCACGGCCUGUUUUUGCCUUAGAUGUGUUGAUAGUUUAUUUUUGCUAUCUUAUUUUUAAAGUAGUCCAUCACUGUAACAUCAAAUGCACGUGUAGUAUUGACAAUGCAUCAAUAUGUGAGAUUGGACUGUCUGGUAUUGUUAUCUCGCAAAUGAUGACUGCCUUUUUAGAGAAAAGUAAUGCUUGACGGUUGGCGUUAACGUCUGUUUGCAAUAGAAGUCCCUUAGUAGCUUUAUACAAGUAUUAACACCAAAACAAUGCACACGAUGUAUGUAUGUAUGUUUAUGCGAGAUAAAGAAAGUACUAGUUAAGCAAGAUUAAAUAACAAAAGCUUUUCGAAACAUAGGUUACCGAUAAAUACUGUGAAAACAUGAACAGAUGUGGAUUUCAGCACAAUUCACAGAAGAUGAAUGUUUGUUAAUGACAAUGUGUAUUGGCACAGAUUAACCACUUUGUGUUUUUUUUUGUAUAAAUAAUAUAGACAUUCCUGCCGUGAUCAUGUAGCCAGUUGCGGCAUUUAUCAUUGUCAAAUUGCCAGUAUGUUUAACUGGUCACAUCAAUCAUUUAUCUUCAUUGACUAGUCAUGUUUACAUGAUUCUUUAGGUCAAGAGUUUCAAUCGUGAAUCGUGUUACAAUUUGAAAUAAUUCGUUAAAUAUAUGUUUGUCUUAUAUGUGACAUAAUAGCCAGUCAUGUACUGUAAAGCUACUCGCCUUACUUUAGAGGCGAGCGUAGUAGUGCUAUAAUAUUUGGCUAGUAAAUCAUCUUAAAUAGCGCAUGUGAUGUAUCUGUACAGUGACUGGUCAGCCCUGCUUCAGCAAUAUGGAUUUUUGAGGCUGGCCUUAUAUAUAUAUUUGAUCAGUUAGAUGCAUCGUUCCCUGUCGGGCAUUCAGUAUUGGGAGGCUUUUACAAUGGUAACCUAUGGGGCAGCUGUCUGAGCUCAUCUACCUCAUCAUCUGAACACAUCGCUUUACGAAUAAAGUUCUGCCAAGUUAUCCCAAAAACUUGAAAUAUGGUGGGUUAACAAAAAGGAGAGCCCCAGAGGAUGUACCCAGUUAAUUAUUUUGUAACAUAGAUGGAUA